CACCAAUAUUAUUUAUUUAUUUCAUCCAUCAAGACUGUUUAACAGAGGUGAUGGCCACUUCAGUAUCGGUUCCAUCUGGCGACGUCAAGCCGUUUGAGUAAGAAACGCUUCAAGGCCUUUAACUGACGCAUGGGCAUUCGACUGACUAUCCUGGGAUAGCAUUGUUGAGACCUACAAUGAGUUGCUCCGCUCAGACCCUGACCUGACGAUGCCGAUUGCGGCCAUCGAGGCAUUGGUACUUCUGCUCACACACUCCCCCUCAUCGACGAUAUCCGAGACGCUAGACUUGCUGGAGAAAUCUACCACCCACUUGAAAAGAUCGAUUCCGAAUCCCAUCGGCCUCUCCGCAGGGACCGAUCUCUUUCAGAGAUACUUGAUUACAACAUUACAAAGGCCGGGCCAACUAGGUCUCUCUGGAGACUUUAAUGCGAUAAGAGCACAUCUACUCUCCAAUGGGCGAUUGUUCAUUCGGCGCGCAAAGGAAAGUCGAGACAGAAUCGCUUCUUUUGGGAGGAGUUUUGUCCGAGAUGAUAGCACGGUUCUCACAAACGGUGGUUCAAGGGUGGUGGCAUCUUUGUUGGAAAAGGCAGCGGGUGAGAAAGGUGGUCCAUCGGCAGUUCGUUUUCGGGUCAUUUACGUUCUGUCGUCUACGAAAGAGAGCGCGGACGGCCGUGCUGCUGAGCCCGAGGGCAUGGAAACAGUACGUGCUCUAAGAGCGAUGGGUGUGCCAGUCGCGACAAUUCCAGAGUCUGCUGUCGCCUAUUCUCUUGGGAAAGCAGACAUGGUAAUUGUUGGCGCUGAGGGUGUGGUAGAAAACGGGGGAGUCGUUUCUCGCAUGGGAACAUAUCAGAUUGGUCUGCUUGCCAAGGCAAUGGGGAAGCCAUUCUAUGUUGUGGCUGAGAGCCAUAAGUUUGUGCGUCUCUACCCACUUGGACAGUAUGAUCUGCCUAUCGAGCAGCGCGUCAUCGACUUUAAGACCGAAGAGGAUAUUACGGAUGAGGCAAAGGAGCAGUGCGCAGUCAGGCCAUCACAGGAUAACUCUGAAGCAAAGGUGGAACAGACUGACGGUUCCUCUCAGGGCGUUCAGUCUGGUAAGGGAAACCAUCAGUUGUUCACGACUGAGGCUGUCGACUACACUCCACCACAUCUGAUAUCCGCGUUAAUCACGGAGAGUGGUGUUUUAACACCGAGUGCGGUCAGCGAAGAACUCAUCAAGAUCUGGUUUUAGGCCAAUGGAAGAGACACAAAAGUACUUCUUUUUCUUUAAAUAAAGUAAGCAGGGCCGGGAAGGGGCUUCAAAAAAUGGAAACAUUAAUAGAAAGGGAGUUAGUGGGAGUCCUUUUGCAGCGCGUCCUAAAGGCAUGUUGAUUAUGUUUCUCUUGAGAUAUGCUUUUCCUAAUGCCACUUAUGCUAUCUUCAAUUGUUCACCCUUUGGACUGACCUUUAUCAGAAAUCUUAGAUAUUGUGGCAAGUGGUGAAUAAUGGGCUGUGUUUCGUCUGUGUGAGCCCAAGGACAAUGAGGCGGACUUGGGUAUUGCUCUUGAAGAGUCGGAGUUCCCAAGUUUCCGGAUUUCUAAGUCAAUGGAACAAAGGAGGCGACAGCAGGGAAUCCUGCAUCGACCCUGGUACGGAUGACGGAUAUGUUUCAAAUUGAGAAAAAACCACAAAGGAGCCAGAUAUAGGAUAUUUGAAACAUUACGAAGUCAAUUUAGCCGUCUGAAAGCAGAAGAGACGGUUUCUAUGUUUGGCAUGGAGUCCACCGAAGAACAUUCGAGUCUGAGAAAUAAUUAAAGCAAACCGUACUUCCAUAACUGUUUACCUUCAUCAAAGUUCAUGAAGGAAGGGCUGUACUACAUCUACGCAUUGAUCUCUCUUUCAGGAGAAAUGCAUCUCACAAUCAGUUACUGUGAGAUGCCUCAUUCCCACCGUACAACAAGUGCUGCAGAUAUCCGUGCCCUGAUACGGAGUACAUGAGAGGAGAAAAUGCAGUAUGACAACAAAGCAAACCGUUUACAUGAGAUGAGAUCAAUAGAGAUCAGCUUACAGUCGACCAUGUCUUAGCCUCUUAGGUCGUUUUGCAACAUGGAUCGUAAGCUGUAUAUGUAUCUAAGCCUCGGAUCUCAGGUUCCUGUAUGUACCUUUGGUCCGUCGUCUAGAUUGAAGAUAUUAAAC